UGAGUAAGCUAACCUCAGUGAGGCAGCGAUCUGUCGAUACUUUAGAUGUAUAGUCUGUUUACUAGAAAACAUCAUUCUCAUGACGUAUCCACCACAUUAGGCUCUGAAGACUUAAACGCUUGUCAGCUGUGCUAUAAGUCCUACAACAAAUAGAGAACUCAAGGCUAAUGAGUUGGGAAGCCAAGUUUUUGAGUUCGCUGCUCUCAAGUAUGCCAGUGAAUGUGCAAUUCUUUUAAAGGCCGUACGUAUCGUACGUCAUUCUCAUGACGUAGCUACCCCCAGCUAUACCAGACUCUGAAGAGUCUAAUGCACAAGGCUAUCGUACGGCAGACGGCCAAAUAGCGUCGGCUUGUUAGUCUAAAAUGUUUUAUAAAUAAUGCGCUGUCGAACGACUCUAAUGCGUAAGGCAUUCUUUUAUUUAUUGUCCCGUGUUACGCAUGACGCACCUUCAAUUGUCUAUUAAAGUCAUUGAUGAAUGGCAAUCACUGUGAAGGUAAACGUUUAUAAAGCCAACCGAAUGGCCGUGUGUCACACAGUUGCUCUAGAUACGUACACUGUAUUAGUACUAAGUAGGAUGACUUUUGACAGUACGCUAAUCGCCAUGAGGUGCGUAGGAACUGCCCGCCUCUCUCUCUCUCUGGUGAGACAUUUUAUGGACAUGUUUCGUUCCAGUGCUAUCAUCGUGUGGUCAACGCUCCUGCAACCGUCCCCAGCAUUGCGGUUUUAUUGUGAUGGUGAAUUUACAUGCAAUAUCUGGAACUGGAACCCACGCGAUGAAGGAACGUUUGUUCUGGACCACAUCCCAAAGACGCACGGAUCGUUGGAGUUACACAAUCUGCUGCUGUCGUCCACAAGCAGUAAGUUGUUUCAAAUAUUUGAAGCUACGCGUAAAUCCGAGGACGCGUCGCUUACGAUGAAAAUGUCAGCCGUACGCAACUUUGUGCUGGAGGAUGGUGCUACGCUGACGUCGCUGACGUUUGACAGAACGCACCUCAGCACGAUAUCGUUCGGGCUCGCGCCCAUCAGUACCGUCGAGAUUGUGCUACCUGUAAAUAAAAUGAGCUCCGGCUGCACGAGUAUUUUCGUAACUGUCUGCCUUCUUCUUUGGUCAACAGUCGUGCCACCAUCGGCCGCACUACGGUUUCGUUGUGAUCCAGACUACACAUGUGAGAUCUGGAACUGGAACCCGCGCGUGGAAGGAACGUUUGUGUUGCACCACAUCCCAAAAACGCACGGAAUGUUGCAACUGUACAACCUGCUGAUAUCGUCCGCAAGCAGCAAGCUGUUUGAAGCAUUUGAAACUUUGCGGCAACGUUUCAAGCUCACGCUGCGGGUGACAGCGUCCGCGCUGCGUAACUUUGUGCCGGAAGACUACGCUAGAUACAAGUCGGUGGAGUUUGAAAAAACGCAUCUCAGCACGUUCUCGUUCGGCAGGAACUGUAGCCUGCUCCAGCUAAGGAUAAAGCGCAGCCAAUUCUCCCACCUGCCCAAAACGAUCGGACGGCUGAACGCGUUACAGGAGCUUACCUUCAGCCACUCGCUCAUCCAGGCAAUCAAUCUGAACGUGAUAGCGGAGCUUUCGAAUCUGACGUUUCUGGACCUGAGCAGAAACAGAAUACACUCGCUGUACUUUACGGGCGACAAGGUGCUAAUACCGAACCUCGUGGAUGUGUACCUGCGCGAAAACAGGCUGCGAAGCAUCAACAUGAAUCUGUUCGGCACGAUGGAGUCGCUGGAAAAGAUCGAUCUGUCACACAAUCUGAUCAGUGUCAUAUCGGGUUCGCUGGCGUCUAGCAGGCUGACCCUGCUGGACCUAUCGUUUAACCAACUGCACACGCUGGACUGCUGCAAGUGGAGCAUCCCCAACGUAUACAACCUGGAGGCAAACGCAAUCAACUCCAUCCGGAUGAAAUGUUUCGGAUCGGCAAAUUUGCCCUGCUCAAAGCACUGACGAUAGCGCACAACCAGCUGACGCACGUCACGCUGGACGAACGUACGCAGCCCAAGAGCAUGAAGUACUUAAAUUUGGGCCAUAAUAGGCUGAGACAGUUGGAGGUACCGUA